AUGUGCGGAAUUUUUGCAUACUUGAACUACAAAGUCCCUCGCACCAGGAAGACGAUCUUUGAGAUCUUAGUCAAAGGCCUACAGAGACUUGAACACAGAGGGUAUGAUUCAGCAGGAAUAGCAGUUGAUGAAGAUAAUAGCAAAGAACGUAAAAAUGGUGGUUGUAUCUGUCUCUUUAGAAACAAAGGUAAAGUGAAGGCCCUAGCUGAUGAGCUUUAUAAACAAAAACUUCUGGACUUUGACAAAGAAUUUGAAAUACACUUUGGGAUCGUUCACACCCGCUGGGCAACACAUGGGGUUCCAAAUGAAGUGAACAGUCAUCCUCAACGCUCUGAUAAAAACAGUGAAUUUGUGGUAGUUCAUAAUGGAAUUAUCACGAACUACAAAGACCUAAGAAAAUUUCUGGUAAUAAAGAGUAUGAGUUUUUAAUCCGAGACCGAUACUGAGGUGAUUCCUAAACUAACAAAGUACGUGUAUGACAACAGAGAAAGUGAAGACGUUAGAUUUUCUACCUUGUUGGAAAGAGUUGUUCAACAGCUGGAAGGAGCAUUUGCACUUGUCUUCAAGGGCCUUCAUUUCCCAGGUGAAACUGUUGCUACUAGGCGAGGAAGCCCACUGCUGAUUGGUGUUCACAGCAAGUGCAAGCUCUCCACUGACCAGAUUCCAAUAGUGUACCGAACGUGUAAGUUGGCCAUUAGUGACAAAAAUAACAAAAAUGGUGGUUCAAGCAAGGCACACCAAAUUGAGACAGAAAGUCUUAAGCGUCUGCAUCCUACUGAAGAAAAAUCUGUUGAAUUUUACUUUGCCUCUGAUGCAAGUGCAAUCAUUGAGCACACAAACAGAGCUCUAUUUCUGGAAGACGAUGACAUUGCUGCCGUGGCCAAUGGUUGCCUCUCCAUUCACCGUAUUGAAAGAUCAGUGGGUGAUUUGACAUCAAGGGCCAUCCACACUCUGCAGAUGGAAUUGCAUCAAAUAAUGAAAGAUAACUUCAGUGCAUUCAUGCAGAAAGAGAUUUUUGAACAACCAGAAUCCGUUGUUAAUACUUUGCGAGGAAGAGUAAACUUUGAAACAAGCGCAGUUAUGCUGGGUGGAUUGAAAGACCACCUCAAAGAAAUAAAAAGGUGCAGGCGCUUGCUCUUGAUUGGCUGUGGAACUAGUUACCAUGCUGCCGUUGCAACACGUCAAGUAUUGGAAGAACUAACUGAACUACCAGUGAUGGUUGAACUUGCCAGUGAUUUCUUGGACAGAAGUACUCCUGUUUUCAGAGAUGAUGUCUGCUUUUUUAUUAGCCAGUCAGGUGAAACUGCAGAUACUCUCAUGGCUCUGCAGUACUGUAAGGGUCAUGGUGCUUUUACUAUCGGCAUCACAAACACAGUUGGAAGCUCUAUUUCUCGAGAAACUGAUUGUGGUAUACACAUUAAUGCUGGACCUGAAAUUGGAGUGGCGAGCACAAAGGCCUACACUAGCCAAUUUGUUUCCUUGAUUAUGUUUGGCCUCAUGAUGUCUCAGGAUCGUAUCUCUCUGCAGCAAAGGAGAAAGGAGAUCAUUGCUGGGCUUCAAACUCUGCCAAACUUGAUUAAAGAAGUGUUAUCCUUGGAUGAAAAGAUUCAGCUACUAGCCCGUGAGCUGUUCCAGCACAAAUCGCUCCUAAUCAUGGGCCGUGGGUAUCAUUAUGCUACAUGCCUAGAAGGAGCUUUAAAAAUCAAAGAUAUCACUUACAUGCAUUCUGAGGGGAUCCUGGCUGGAGAGUUGAAACAUGGUCCUUUAGCUUUAAUUGACAAAAGGAUACCUGUUAUAACGGUUGUCAUGAGGGAUCCAUGCUACAUCAAGUGUCAGAAUGCUGUUCAACAAGUCGCUGCACGACAGGGCCGCCCAAUAAUACUCUGCACAAAGAAUGAUGAGGAGAGUAGGAAAUUUGCAUACAAAUCUAUUGAAAUUCCACAUUCAGUUGACUGUUUACAGAGUAUUUUAAGUGUAAUUCCUCUUCAGCUCCUUUCUUUCCAUUUGGCUGUUCUUCGAGGAUAUGAUGUUGAUUUUCCUCGAAACCUGGCCAAGUCUGUCACUGUGGAAUGA